UUGGUUCCUUUUCUCUUUUUAAAUCCUUUCCUCUUCUUUCCUUUCUCCUGUUUAAGAAUUUCAUACUGAUAGAGUAGCAAAUAUGGGAAGAGGGAAGAUUGAAGUGAAGCGGAUUGAGAACAAAACUAGCAGGCAAGUCACAUUCUCAAAACGCAGAACCGGUUUGUUGAAGAAAACCCACGAACUUUCUGUGCUUUGCGAUGCCCAAAUUGGACUUAUUGUGUUCUCAAGCAAGGGAAAGCUUUUUGAGUAUUCAAGUUCUCCUUCGAGCAUGAGGCAGAUCAUAGAACGUUAUAUGCAAGCUAAAGGGACUUCUAUUCUGCAGCGUGACACCGGGAUGGGAGAGGUGUCUAAUUACAAUGAGCAACUGCAUACAGAGAUGAAAAGAAUGAAAAGGAAAACUAUUGACCUUCAACUGAGCGUGCAGAGGUAUCAGGGAAAUGUUGAUAUGAAUUCUUUAAAGUUGGAGGAAUUGGUUGAACUCGAGCACCAGCUCGAGAUAUCCGUUAACAAGGUUCGAGCAAGAAAGUUUCAGCUCCUGAAUGAGCAGAUUGAAAAUCUGAAGAAGACGGAAAAUUUGCUGGAGAAGGAAAACCAAGAUAUGUACCAUUGGCUGAUGAACAGUCACAUUCAGAGUCAAGCAGAAGCAAUGGAGCAUCACCAUCUCCAUCACCAACAGGCAAUGACAGAACUCAGAUUGCUGGAAGAGCAGCCUUUGUUGAAUCAGCUUCAAGUUUUUGGACAAGAUUUGCAGCCGUCUGCAAAUGCUAUACCCAUGCUUCAACUUGGUACUCUACCUCUUAAUAAUAACUCGUAUCACCUCCAGCCUACCCACCCUAACCUUCAAGAAUCUGGCCUGCAAGGCUUUCCGUAUGUGUGAUUCAAGGCAUUUGGAUGAGAGGGACUGUAGCUGGUUCAUCAGGACAAGAAACAUAUUCAGACACUCUUCUGUUCUUUAUUAUCGAACAACGUGUUUUCUUAAAAUUCUAUAUGUUUUUACAUUAAUCUUCUGUGCAUGACAUUGGAGUGUGGUUAUGUAAGUGUGUUUGGUAACUUCGUUUUCUAGAGUAAUAUAUUUUUUCAUCUUCAA